GAAUAUAAUUCAGUAAAAUUUGCUUACUCUUUGUCCUCUCAAAUGUAUUUACAAAGAGAAUAUUCAAUGAUCUUGUGAGGAGAGAUUAUGGAGAUAUGGCCAUUGCAAAAAUGUUCAAAAAGUAUUUUACAACCAAGGGAAGCCGUCUUCAUUUACUCUUGCCUGUGCGUGUGAAUGGUCCAAUUUGGCGCCUUGGGUAUAUAUCAGUAUUUAUUCUAACUAAAAAAACCCGCAAUCUCUUCGAAUACACAAAAGUAAACCCAUUUUCUCCAAUCCUUCCUCUUCACAAUCCACACUCCCCAACUUCGCUCGUUGCUAGGGUAUUCUUUCUCCUUACAUGCAUCAGGGAAUCAACAGAGGACAUAUUGACCCAACCAUCCGGACACACGAGACAUUCAGCUUUGAGAGAAUGUAAAGGCGUUGAUAGAUCAUCAAAACAUCUUCUAUUACGUUCCUUCCAGAUACUCCAAAGAAUUGCUGCAGGUAUCAUUUUCCAGUCUGUUUGAUGGUGCUGUCAACUUUCUAAAAGCACCAAGUCUCAAGAGCUGCUUUGAUACUAUGUUGUAUGACCCAACUGAGACCAAAAAGAGAGUAAAACAUUUUCCACAGGCUUGCUGUAACAGUACAGUGCAAAAAAAGUGCAAAAGAAGGUGUCUGUUGCUUUCUGACAUAGGAAACGGAGACGGAAUUCUAUUGCUCGUGCCAGCAGAUACUAGUAAUUUUGAUGAUACUGUGAUUCAAGAGAACAAAAUAAGAUCCACUAACAUAGUCAUUAUUUUGCCUGCUGAAAGCAGCGAGUUUAAUGCAAUCAAUUUUGCAAUUGAGACGAGGAGCCCACAAAUAUAUUCUACACCAAGAGUGCUAAUACCUCUUGCAGGAAGCAGAGAAGAAAUUCUAUUGCUCUUGCAAGCAGUAUAUAAGCAAUUUUGAAGGUUAUUGUGAUUUAGGAGAGCAAAACGAAGUCCAUUAACAUAGACAUCACUUUGCUUGCUGAAAGCACUGAGUUUAUUGGGUUAAUGAUUUUGCAAUUGAGGCGAGGAGUCCAAGAUGUAUUCAAGACCAAAAGUGCUAAUAACAUAUUGCAGGAAGAGAAGAAAUUCUAUUUCUCUUCCAACCAGUAUACCAGAUAUGGUGGAGGAUGUUGCAAUUCAGGAGAACAAAACAAAGUCCACUAAUGUUGACGCUACUUUGCCUGAUGAAUGCACUGUUUUUGCAUCUAAAACAAGGAGUCGACAAAUGUAUCCAAGACCAAGAGUGCUAAUAACAUAUUGCAGGAAGAGGAAAAGGAAUUCUGUUUCUCUGGCAAGCAUUAUACCAGCAAUUGUGGAGGAUGACGUGAUUCAAGAGAGCAAAGCAAAAUCUGCUAAUGUGGACAUCACUUUGUCUUCUGAAAGAAGUGAGUUUAUUGAGGUUAAUGAUUUUUCCAUUAUUACAAGGAGUCAACAAGUACAUCCAAGACCGAGAAUACUAAUAACCUAUUUCAGAAAGAGGAGAAGGAAUUCAACUAUUCUUGGAAACAGUUUACCAGCAUUCGUGGAGAAAGUUGGCUCCUGUGCUGUGAUUCCAGAGAACAGAACACAAGUCACUAAUUCAGGACCAUUGUCAUUAUCAUGCUGCUCUGGGAUCUUGGAAGAAGAAGUCAUAACCAGAGAAGAGAUGGUGUCAGUAGGAGCGCAGCAGAUUUUGGUGAAGGCAGCUGGUGAAAGUUCAUCCGUUAAGCAUUGGAAUGAAAAGAAAAUACUUGCAGUGGAUAAUUCAACAGAAAACAGUAAUAAUUCUGCAUGCGAUACCAUCAAGAAUGUGGCAGAUAUUGCGGAAUUCCCUGAAGAUGGUUAUGCAAGUGCUUGCGCUUUUGGGUCUUCAACCAAUGAGAUUUUUGAUGGGGAAAGAGAAUCUUUAGCUGAAAGUAAUUCUUCGUGCUCAAGAUUGUGUGCUUUCAUAGAUGAGAAGAAUGAAAUCACAGAUGUCGUGACCGUCCCUCCAUUGAGGAGAGCACUUAAUGGACGUUCAAAUAAAAAGCUUCUAGUACUUGAUCUGAAUGGACUCCUUGCUGAUAUUGUUCCACUUCAACAUGUGCCGUAUGGUUUCAAAGUGGACGCCAUUGUUUCAGGGAAAGCAGUUUUCAAAAGGCCUUUUCAUGAUGAUUUUCUGCAAUUCUGCUUCGAGAAAUUCAAUGUAGGUGUUUGGUCAUCGAGAAUCAGGAAGAAUGUGGAGUUGGUUCUUGAUUUUCUAUUGGGAAAUGCCAAGGAAAAAUUGCUCUUCUGUUGGGAUCAAUCCCAUUGCACUGAUACUGGUUUCCCUGUUGUUGGUAAGAGGAGAGACAAGCCUAUUAUUUUGAAGGAGCUUAAAAAAUUAUGGGAGAAGUUUGAACCAGAUCUUCCAUGGGAGAGGGGUGAAUAUGAUGAGUCAAACACACUUCUGUUGGACGAUUCUCCUCACAAGGCCUUGUGUAAUCCACCAAACACAGCAGUAUUUCCAAAUACGUACCUCUACACGGAUGAGAAAGAUGCCUCAUUAGCAGGGCCAGAGGGCGAUUUGCGUGUUUAUCUUGAAGGACUGUCCAUGGCCGAAAAUGUUCAGAAGUAUGUAGAGAGUAAUCCAUUUGGUCAAAGAUCAAUCACCGAGAGGAAUGCUUCUUGGCGUUACUAUUGCAAGGUUAUUGAAGCCGCUACAUGCAUUCCAGAACAUAGUGGUGUUAACAGAUUCUCAACAUAACAAUACUGAUGCAACACUUAAAUUUUGCACACACUUUUUUUUCGUCUUACUAAUAGUUGGCCCAAUCUUUUGAAUUUCUUCAGCUGGGAUGCCUGCCUUGGUUGGCAUGGAUAUUUUUGCGUUUUACUUUACAAACCUUACACCUAGAGGACACAGCCACUGAAAAACAUUUUGAUAUAGUAGCCUCAUCCAUGACCCAAUACUGUAGAGUAUUUCCUCCCUCAACCAAAUAUAUUCUACUAGCAAGGUGUAGCCAAGGCAAGUUAAUUUUGUAUUGCUCCGCCUAAGGGCAAAGACAUAUAGUCAGGUGCCGCGCUCACAAGUACACAAUUGUUCUGCUGUAUUUUUUGAUCACUCUCCAGUUCUGUGUUAGGUCAAUGGUUUGUUAAAUCUAAUGGUUAUUGUUUCUGUAAGCAACUCAAAUAGCAAAAUGUACUUCCUUCACAGAACAAAUACCCAAAUUGAUUGGUCAGAUUUAUCAAUUCUUUUAGUCCUAUUGAA